CCAGCCAGUCGGGAAAGCUGGACUGAGAUGAAAUGAUGCCUGUAGGUCGGGCUCUUUAAUACACUGAGUAUGUGUAGGGCGGGCUGCGACUGGACGUCCAGAGACCCACGUCUGUCACGUACGAGACCGUCUGCUAUCUGGAGCCUUAUCCUCUUUUCUACGAUUCCUUAAAGAUGGGGUUAAAUUCACCAUAGCACUUCAUAUUUUUUCUCGCUUCUAAAACGCUUUUCGCAAAUCGUGUCGUGUGUUGCAUUAUUUAUAAGCGAUUGGCGACUGAGCUGUAACUUGGAAUCGUGGCCAGCGAUAUUCGUCAAUGAAACACGUUUGCAGCAACAACAUUGCAGCAAGCUUCAGGAGGUCCUGCGUGCUCAGCUGGUCUUAAAGGAGCAGUGAAAGCAGCACGCAAGGGUAAAAUGACUAUGUCCGUCCCAGAGAGCAUAUCGGGGUCCGGGGGGAAAGAGGAGGAGAGUGAAGAUGAGAGUGAAAUCCUGGAGGAAAGCCCCUGCGGCCGCUGGCAGAAGCGACGGGAACAGGUCAGUCAGGGAAAUGUCCCAGGCAUUGAGAGUGCGUACUUGGCCAUGGACACUGAUACUAUAUCUUUUCUGUCUUUUAGUUACUUGCAUUCAUGUGAUCCACCUAUUAUACACGGUAACCUGACCUGUGACACCAUCUUUAUCCAGCACAAUGGUCUCAUAAAGAUCGGUUCAGUUUGGCACAGGCUGUUUGUUAACGUAUUUGCUGAGGCGAUUCAUGGGAAUGUGCAUCAACAUCGAGAUGAAAUGCGGAACCAGCAUUUCUUUGCUCCGGAGUAUGGCAUUGCUGAAGAUGACUACGCCAUUGAUAUAUUUUCAUUUGGCAUCUGUGCCUUGGAGAUGGCAGUACUGGAAAUCCAGGCCAAUGGAGACACUGCAGUUUCGAAAGAGGCCAUUGAUCAUGCUGGACAAUCACUUGAGGACCCUCUCAUGAGGGAAUUUAUCCAGUCGUGUGUGCUCACAGAAGCCAAGACGAGACCUACAGCUCAUGACCUGCUGUUCCACAGAGUGUUAUUUGAGGUCCACUCCUUAAAACUGCUUGCUGCGCACUGCUUUAUCAAUAACCAGUAUCUCCUUCCUGAGAAUUGUGUGGAAGAGAAAACUAAAUCUAUUGACCCUAAUGGCAUCAUGGCAGAGAUUAAUCAUCGUGACCGACCUGGAGUCCAUCUAAAGUACUCUCACGUUUCUCCUCUGGAGCUGGACAAAUUCCUUGAGGAUGUGAAGAACGGCAUAUAUCCCCUCAUGAACUUUGCUUCCCAGCGGCCGCAUCCUAUCCCCCGCACUCUUUCUUUGUCACAGGAACAGAUGGAGACUGUGAAGACCCCAACCCCAGAACCACAGGAGACUGAAACCAGAAAGGUUGUCCAGAUCCACUGUAAUUUGGAAGCGAAUGAGGAUGGCACAAGGAGUCAUCUCUCUCUUUUUUUAAAGAUGGAUGACAGGCUUCACCGUCAGCUUAGCUGUGAUGUUUUGCCAUCUGACAGUCCCAAAGAUUUGGCUAGUGAAUUGGUUCACCAUGCUUUCAUCAGUGAGGAAGACUGCGAGAAGUUGGCAUGUUUUCUUGAGGAUGCAUUAUGUAAGCACUGGUCAGGGACGUCCACCUCCCCCACUGCCAUGGCUAUGAUGUACUAAGCCCAGCUGGUCCCAUAAUAGACAAACAGAGAUUGAAGACUGGGCCAGAGCAUGAGAAAAAGAGAUGGCGAGAGAUUCAGAAGAGGGAAAUGAGACCAAAAGUGCAACAUUACAUAAUGAAAGUCAUGACAAGGUGGCUUCAGAAUAAGUGACGGGCCUGGGGAGAAAAGCUCACACCAUACCGCAUGGUACCUGCACAAACUCCAAAGAGCUCAAACUGUUCAUUUUGAUCUUGAAGGUCGAAUUACUGCUAUCAUCUCACCAUGACGAACAUUUCUAUCACUUGCAGAGAUUCUGCUUCAGUGCCAGCAUUUUGGUUGUGAUUUUUUUUUUUAUUUUUUUUUAUGAGUUUAAAGGAUUUUUAGUAACAUCCUUCCAAGUCAUUGUGCCUAUAUGGUGUAAUCCAUCUUCAUCUAGCAAAGGACAAAAUCUCAAACAGACAAUUUUGUUCCAGUUUAAAUGUGUUAUUUAUUAUUUUAAACAAUUAAUACACAGUCUUGGUAUACAGGUUUAAAAGUUCAAGCAAGGAAAUGCAUCAAAAUGUUUAAUUCUACAUUUCUAAAUUAUCUUGUUUUGUAUGCUUUAACAAGCUGACUUUGAGCAAACAAAUGUACGGUACUAUGACAAAAGUGCUCUUGGCACCUAUUAUACUAAUAUAUUUCAACACAUUUUGUUUUUAGACCUUAAACUUAAUUUCUUGCUCUUUAUCUUGAAUGAUUUUACUGAGUUUAAGAUGUCUCUUUUUUAAUUGAACUAUAUUGAUCUCAAUUGCUUUUUUCAUGCAGAUGGUAACUUUGCAGAUGUUUAUAAACAGUGGCAAUAAUGGUAUCCUUAAGUAGUACAUUACCAUUCAAAUGUUUGGGGUCAGUAAAUUUUUUUUU